CAGUGAUUCAUAUUAUUUCAUCAAAUCGUCUAUUCACGUCAAUGACGAGAGAAUGCAUUACGCAACAGGACGAGUCUCAGUCCGAGUCACAUGGCCAGGUUAGGUUAGAUUGACGCUCACGCCAGUGGGGCCCAGUGGGGCGAUGCUGCUGUCGCUGUCACUGCCACGCGAAAAUGGCGCGUUUAGGUUAGGAUUAGAUCGACGUCAAACACACAUCGGAGUGCACCGACGGGCCGGCACAUGCCACGUCUCUGAUACGACGCGCGGCGCGGACGAGGAACGGCAGCAGGGAGCAGCUCGCCAUGUCGUAUCUGCGUGACUGGCGGCAGGCGUUGCGCGCACCGCACGUCUACCGGGUGGCGAACAGCACGUUUCGCGUCCAGGGCCCGUUCGUGGCGCUGAUCCUUCUGGUUCUGAUAGUGCCGACCUUCUUCCUCGCGUAUCCGCUGCUGCACGGCGCCAUGUGCUCGCCGCCGAGCCAGACCCCGGCGCAGUGCCGUUACUACAAGUACAAUCGAACGUACCCUACCUCGACACCCAUCAGAACCUCCAAGGGCAUCACCUACCGGAUAGCGAUAGUGAGCGACCUCGAUCACGACUCCAAGCUCGCGGACAGGAAGGACAUGUGGCACAGUCUCAUGAGGACCGGCAGCCUCUACUGGAAUCCGCACAACAAUUUCCUGUCUGUUAUCUGGGACGACAGAACGGUCGUGCUGUCCUCGUCGUUGUCUAUGAAAGGACGGGGAAUGGAGCUGUCGGAGUUGGUGACCUUCGACGGCCGUCUGCUGGCCUUCGACGAUCGCACGGGGAUGAUAUAUCUCGUCGAAGGCGAUCAAGUUUACCCGUGGGUCAUUUUAAUGGACGGCAAUGGAAGAAAUCACAAGGGAUUUAAAUCCGAGUGGGCGACUAUCAAGGACGAACAGCUGUACGUCGGCAGCAUGGGAAAGGAAUGGACCACGCCGUCUGGUGAAUUUGAACAUAAUAAUCCGUUGUGGGUUAAAGUAGUGUCACCACGUGGCGAGACACAUUCUCUCAAUUGGAUCUCUUACUACAAACGAUUAAGGCAAGCGAUUAACAUCGAGUAUCCAGGCUACAUGAUACAUGAAUCUGGAGCUUGGAGCGAUAUACAUAAGAGCUGGUUCUUCUUGCCCAGAAGAUGUUCCCACGAACGUUACAAUGAAACACGGGAUGAAACAAUGAGCUGCAACGUCAUGCUGACCGCAGACGAAAACUUUGUUGAUAUCAAAGUUACUGAUGUCGGAGAGCUAAUUCCAAUUAGAGGUUUUUCUAGUUUCAAAUUUCUUCCUGGUUCGCAAGAUUCCAUCAUAAUAGCUUUAAAAACUGAGGAAUUUCAAGGGCGGACCGCUACAUACAUCAUGGCCUUUACGUUAGAAGGAAAGAUACUAAUGCCCGAGACUAAAGUAAUGGAUAAGAAAUUCGAAGGGCUGGAAUUUAUAUGACAUUUAGGAGUAGUUAUUAAUUACUUAAUGAAAUAUUGUAAAUAAAUGUAUAAAUGUAUAUAAUCUUAAGUUUUUACAACGACAUAAAAUUGCUGAGAAAGUUAAACGGUGUAAUUAAAGCCAUUCCUUUGAAUGACUUGCAUUUGAAAUAUCAGAGUACAAAUUUUACUCUCAUUAAAUGUAUGCCGGAUAAUGUAAAUAUGUAUACAUUAUACAUGAAUUUAUAUACUUCGAACUGGUACUCAAUACUUCGCACUAGGCACUCAACUCUACUGUUUCAUGUAAAUUUGCAAUUGUGUUCAAAAAUACGGGAAUAUAUGAGAUUCGUUAUA